UUUAAUGGAAUUGGCCAAAACAUUAUUUAUACCUUUUUGACUAAUUUAGCAUGUUGGGUAAGCAUAGGCUUGUAUGUCACGUUGAGAAUAGAGGAGGGGAAUAUAAAGAAAGUGCUAGAGGGAGGGAGGAUCUGCAGCACACUGAAAGAAGACCCGCAACACACAAACAGCUUUCCGUCUUACUCUUGGUUUUUGUCCUGAUAUCAGUAUCCAAUGAUACUAAUAAGAAAGUAUUUUCAUAAUAUGUUUUUGUUCCUAUGAUGAAAGUUUCAUGACUUGGACUACAGUUAAAACUUAGUGAACUGGAUAUUACCAUUUUGCUCUUUAAGAUCAAAGGAAAAGACACUGGAUCACAACAGUGUUGUGUAUUGUUUUUACACUGGUGUGUGAAAAAUGUGGGGCUGUAUAAAAGAUUUCUUCACUUAUGAGACAACAAAGUCUGUGGUGGUGAAGAGCUGGACCAUCGGCAUCAUCAACCGAGUUGUUCAGCUGCUUAUAAUAUCUUAUUUUGUUGGUUGGGUAUUUUUAUAUGAGAAGGCCUAUCAAGAAAGAGACACUGCUAUCGAAUCAUCUGUGACAACUAAGGUUAAAGGAUUUGGCGAGCACCACAAUAAAACCAUGGAUGUAGCAGACUUUGUCACCCCUUCACAGGGGGCCUCUGUGUUUUGCAUCAUUACUAAACUCAUCACCACAGAGAACCAGGUGCAGGGCUUGUGUCCUGAGAGUGAGAAAAAAUUUAAAUGUGAGAAUGAUGACAACUGCACAACAUUAAUGUCAAAGCCAGGCUCAAAUGGUUUGUUGACAGGAAAGUGUGUGAGCUAUGGUUCUACGAAAAUGUGUCAGAUCAGAGGAUGGUGUCCAGCAGAGAUAGAUGACAUCCCUAUAAAACCCAUGAUGGAGGUUGAAAACUUCACCAUAUUUAUCAAGAAUAGCAUUCGCUUUCCCCGCUUCAACUUCACAAAAGGAAACUUCUUACCCAACAUCAACAGCACUUAUAUAAAGAACUGCACUUUUGACUUUAACCGAAACAGUUACUGCCCUAUAUUCAAGGUGAAAGAUGUGAUCCGCUUUAGCCAUCAGAACUUCACCAAACUGGCUCUUGAAGGUGGAGUGAUAGGUAUAAAGAUAGCGUGGUUAUGUGAUCUGGAUAAAUCAGAAGAUGAAUGUAAGCCUGCAUACUCCUUUACUCGUCUGGAUGCGAUGUCUGAGAAAACCCGUGUGUCACCAGGGUACAACUUUAGGUUUGCAAAGUACUUUAAAAUGGAGAACGGGACAGAGUACCGGACUCUGCUGAAGGCAGUCGCUAUCCGUUUUGAUGUGAUGGUCAAUGGAGAUGCUGGGAAAUUUAAUAUGAUCCCAACUCUAAUCAAUAUGGUGGCUGCCUUCACUUCUGUGGGUGUGGGGGCUGUUCUUUGUGAUAUCAUUCUUCUGAAUUUCCUGAAAGGAGCUGACUUGUACAAAGCAAGGAAAUUUGAAGAGGUGUCAGAUGCACACAUUCAAAAAUCACUCUCCUACAACAGCGGCAUUUACCGGAACAGAGAGCUCAGCGAGCUGUCAGUCAGACCAGAAGACAAAUUCUCUAAUGACUCAGGGGCUUUUUCCAUCGGACAGUAUGGUUAGCAACAUCUUCAGAACUACUUCUAGUAAAACUUAAACACCCUGCACAAUUUCAUUUGUAGCUUAACACAAAUAUGCACUGUAAAUAGCUGGAAGGUGUCACAUACUAGUACUGAUUUUAAUAUAUGAGGUGUCCUAUUAGUAAUUAAGCAGAGAUUUCACAUUCACACACAAAAAAAUGUUAACACUAACGAUCGACGAUUUACUAUAUAUGCCAGUUUAAACCUAUGCAACAACUUACAGUAUAUACAGUUCGACAGUGACCAAAGAUUGUUAAACAAAACAAAAUCGUCUUAUAUUUUAGAUUCUUUAUUAUACCCUUGACUUUCCCGAAGACAAAUUUUAAAUGUGAGGUUAAAACAAAAACAUUGUAAGGUCAUGUUCAAAUUUCCGACUGAUACAGUGUGUGUAAAAUGUCGAAAAAAUAAAAAAUAUUUUUAGUUUUUAAUAUGUAGCAGAUAUUCACAGUAAAGGUCCUGUCUGUUUGAUGCUGGUAAUAACUGUUUUCCAUAGUUAUAACCAUCAAUAUAAAAUAAACUUUAGAGUA